AUGUUCUCAACUUCACCUUUUGAGUUAAUCGUCUUUCCUUGUUGCUUCGUCUUAUUAGCAAUCCUACCUUUCGUUUCAAACUUACGAUGGCCUCAAAAACUUCGAUUGACAAAUUCAUCACCUCGGCCUCAGUCAUUCGAUCAAACUAUCCCUUUACCAGCUUCCACUUCUUCUUCUAACUUUUCUCAAGUUCAAUCAGCUAACACAGUCGUUGAGGAAUCGGUUCAAACAAAAGCCCAACCCCGUCGACUCGUUUCACAUUGUGAAGAUGGUCAUUUGAUCAAUCAGCUUCAAUUUUGGCGUCGUGUCAAGCUGAGCAAAAUUGCCACUGGAAGUUUGAUGGGAGUUUUAAUUGUUUUGCGUUGUUUCGAGCUCGGAUGGGACUUGGUCAAUCCUCAGUCUGAUCAACUAUCUCAAACGGGAAGGAUUCUAGAAGAUAUACUGGUCAUCAUCUUUUGGUCGAUCACAUGCUACGUUGUAUUCAAACGUUCAGUUCCGAUCACUGAAGUUGCCGCGCAUUGGGCAUCUAUUAUUCAUCUAGCAACUUUGACAUUUGCAUAUUGUGCUUGGUCAUUAUGCUGCCUGCUUCUACCCACCAGCGAUAUCAACCAACCCAACACAGGUUCUUCAAAUACGCAUCGUUGGCUCUCUUCGAUUGAUGCCGUCGUGAGCUUGGUGAUCUCAGUCAUCACCUGUACAAUCCCACGAAGCCCUCGCAUACUCUACCGAUCCCCUUACGAUGUUGAAGUUAAAACACACGAUCUAACUCCCCCAGAACUUACAUCUUGUCAAUCAAGUGGCCAUGAAAACACAGAGGACUUUGCUACAACCAUAUCUCACGACAACAAGAGUAAUAUCAACAAAGAGGGCAAUGUCACUUUAAUCGCUUGUUGUUCUGUUUUGGAUCAUCUAUUUUUCAAUUGGGUCUCGCCUGUGAUGAAAGCAGGCAUGAAGAAAGCUAGUUUGGAGAAAAGUGAUCUACCUCAUCUUUCAGCGGAUUUCAGAAGUUGGAAUUUAUACAAGAAAGUCAUUGACAAUAUAGCACAAGCCUCACAGAAUCAGACAGGCUUGAUGAAACACGUUGGAAAAUCACCUCAAUGGAUGAAUCCAUUACUGUGGAGAGUCAUCAAAAUUAAUCAAACUGCAUUUAUGACUCAGGCUGCAUUGGCUCUAUUGAACAGUGUUCUGUAUUACGCUCCAGCUUUUUUCCUACGAAAAAUCAUCGAGUUUCUAGAACAUAAGGAUGCUUCAGGAACCAAAUCAACGGCAAUGGGAUAUACAUACUGUGCUGGAUUGCUGAUUGCGAUGUUAUCAGAAAGCAUUGUAAGCGGGCAGCUAUGGUAUAUCUCUAAUUCAGUACUUUGUGCACGAGUAAGAAUUCAGUUGAACACUGCAAUUUAUGCAAAAACCUUACGACGCAAAGACGUCACUACAGUCUCAUCACCUAACGACUCCGACUCGAAAAAAUCACCCGGGCAGGAAGCUUUAACAAACUCAACAACUAUAAGUGAUGCAAGCACUGUCGCAGAAUCAUCGUCAGCUCGCGUUGAUACUUCUCAGAUGUCAGGUGAUACGACUUUGAAGAAGAAAAAAGAACCACUCAAAUCUGACCCAGUUGGCUUCGGUAGCAAAUCUCAAGUGCUCAAUCUUUUCACCAUCGAUGCGGACCGAGUUGCCGACUUUGGAAUGUCGUGCUUCAGCUUGAUCGACGCUCCAGCAGAAGUCCUCAUAGGUACAAUUUUCCUUUAUGACUUGCUUGGCAUUGCAUCCAUCGUUGGAAUUGCGAUUUCGAUACUGUUCAUCCCCCUGAACCACUACACUAGUAAGUGGUAUGCAAUGGUGCAAGACAAGCUGAUGAUGGCACGUGAUAGACGUGUCUCACUGAUGAAUGAAGUCUUGGGAUCGAUACGUAUGAUCAAAUAUAUGGCAUGGGAGAAACCAUUUGAAGAAAAAAUUCUGAGAUCUCGUGAUCACGAACUCAUGAGCUUCCUUUGGUAUACAAAGGUUGCAGGAAACGAAUUAACCCCGGCUGUGGCUUUCACAAGUCUUGCUGAUAUCAUUGAAGCCUAUGUGGCAGUCCGGCAAGAAAACUUACUGGCGCUCCAUACAAUUGAGAAUUAUCUGGCCUCUCCUGAAUGCGAAACUGACACCGAAGCACUGACGAAGCCGCUUGAAGCUUCCAAGUCGCACCUAUCAUUGAAAAAGCCGAGGACUUCUACAAGUUCAGCGGAAGGCCCUGAUUUAAACUGUAUCGCUGUCCGUAGCGCUACCAUCACCUGGCCUACAGUCAAUCCAGCUGAUCUAGCACGAGCUGGAACCGAGUCACUCUCGCCUAUGACACCAUCAAGACGCAGAUUCUAUCUCGAGGAUAUCACGAUUGAUUUCCCACCUAAAGAGCUUACACUGAUAUGCGGUAGUUUGGGCAGCGGUAAAACGCUCUUAUUGUUGGGUGAGUAUGCCAUGCUUCAACCUGAUGCGAUCAAAACAUUGCUUGGGGAAGCCGAUCUACUGGCCGGACAGAUUAUCUGCCCACGUUCUCCACCAGAUACCAUUCAUUAUCUUACACAUCUCGAGACCAUCACGGAGGACGAGUGGCUGCUUCCUACUAUGGCAUAUGCUCCGCAAAGUGCGUGGUUGCAGAAUGCCAAUGUCAGGACAAAUAUCCUCUUUGGACUGCCAUAUGUAAAGAAGAGGUAUGAAGCGACUCUGAAUGCGUGUAGCCUGGUCAGCGAUCUCUUAAUCCUUGAGGAUGGCGAUCAAACCGAGAUCGGAGAAAAAGGAGUGAACUUGAGCGGUGGGCAGAAAGCAAGAAUCUCCUUAGCCCGAGCUGUCUAUUCUCGGGCAUCUGCGAUUUUGUUAGACGACGUCUUGAGCGCGGUGGAUGCACAUACCGCUAGGCAUAUCGUAGAUCAUUGUUUCAAGGGGCCACUCUUGAAAGAUAGGACCAUUAUACUUGUCUCUCAUCAUGUGCAGCUUUGCGCUCCUAUCGCUGGAUAUGUUGUCUGUUUGGAGAACGGGAACGUCGACAUGGCUAUCAGCGGUGUCGAAUUCUUGUCUUCCAAAAAGUACAGAACACUCUCCGGGAUGGACGCAGCUGACGACGAGGAGAACGUUAUCACUAACAAACCUUCCCCAGCCUUGGGAAGUUCCAAACCAAAGGAACCGAGCAAAUUGACUAAGCGACUGUUCAGAAAUGUUGCCGCCAACGAAGUACCUCAAUUCGCUGAUCACAGUCCAGCCGAGUCAGCAGCCAGCUCAGUAGAUGGAGAUAGCGAUAGUGAGAGCGAAACCGACUCGCUGAACAAACCGGCAAGAAAGUUUAUUGAAGACGAGACGCGUGCAGUCGGGCAUGUAGAUGCUAGUGUAUUCAAAAUGUACCUUGGUGCUAACGCAGACGGCCUGGCAGGCACCCUCAUCUUUUGGACCUCCUUUGUGGCUGUCUUCCUCGGCAACAAGAUCAUGGAUGUUGCUGAAACUUAUGUCCUCAGUCUAUGGUCCAAUUCAAACGAUCAGGCUCCACAGCCGACGAAAACAAUCUUCUCACUAUUAUUUCAACAGGCAAACUCUGUUGACUUUUACCUUGGUCUUUAUACAGCUGUGACGUUGUUGAACGUCGUUGUAUCGACAGUUAGAUGGCUCGUUCUAUACAACGGAGCCUUACGUGCGUCUCAAAGAUUGUAUAAAUCUAUCCUGCGAGCUGUCCUCCGCUCUCCUCUUCGCUUCUUUGAUACUGUGCCUCUUGGUCGGCUGUUGAAUCGGUUUGGAAAAGACUUUGAAGGAAUAGAUUCAUCCUUACCAGACAACCUCGGUCGCUCAUUGAUGUAUGGCUUAAAUGUGGCCACGACCAUAUUAUCGAUCGCUUUCGUCACACCUACCUUUUUGAUAGCAUUUGCGCUCAUCAGUGUAUUGUAUUGGUGGUAUGGUCGGCAGUACACUCAGAUUGCGAGAGAAUUGAGAAGAUUGGACAGUGUCACCAAGUCACCUUUGUUCAGUGCAUAUGGUGAAACAGUAGCCGGUGUAGCUGUAAUCAGAGCAUUUGGUGGUUGUUCUCGGGCUUUAGCUUUGGUGUUCGACCGGAUUGACACCAACGUCUCAUUCUACUUCUAUUUGUGGAGUGUUAACCGUUGGCUCUCGAUUCGAUUCGCACUUCUAUCAAGUUUCAUCGUGGGCCUUACUGGGUUCUUAUUGAUUAAAUCAAGAGAUUCAAUCAGUGCAUCUCUUGCAGGGUUUGCCUUAACCUUUGCGAUAAAUAUAUCAGGUGAUAUGAUUUUACUUGUCAGAAGAUUUACUGCACUUGAAAUGAGCAUGGUGGCAGUGGAACGAGUGAAGGAGUUUUCGGAAAUGGAUGCUGAAGCUCCGGAGAUCAUGGAGCCUAGGCCUCCAGCUCAUUGGCCACAUAGUGGGGAGAUUGAGGUUAAGGAAUUGACUGUCCGCUACAGCCCUACACUUCCAGAUGUGCUUCAUGCAGUCACAUUUCAUGUUCCAGCACGAGGGAAAGUAGGUAUCGUGGGGGCCACUGGAUGUGGAAAAUCCACACUAGCGCAAUCAUUUUUUCGCUUCGUGGAAGCAUGGGAUGGGCAUAUAAAGAUAGAUGGCUUGGAUAUCAAGAACAUUGGAUUGUUUGACUUACGAUCCCGACUGACUAUCAUCCCCCAAGAUCCUACAAUCCUUUCGGGUUCUCUGCGAUCAACACUGGAUGUGUUCGACGAACAUGCUGAUGCAGAGAUUUAUAGCGUCCUUCGACGAGUCAACCUGAUUCCAGCUACUGAUGCUGACGCGGACGGUCUGAAUGAAAACGUGUUCAGGAACCUAGAAACUGAAGUUUCAGAACAAGGUUCAAAUUUUUCUCAGGGACAACGACAACUGUUGUGCAUGGCAAGAGCUUUGCUAAAAAGAUCUAAAGUUUUAUUGAUGGAUGAAGCUACAUCGAGUAUCGAUAACGAAAGUGAUGCACAUAUCAGCUUGACGAUUCAGCAGGAGUUUUCUGAAUCUACAUUAUUAGUGAUAGCUCAUCGACUCAGAACGGUGAUCAACUUUGAUGCUGUUCUGGUAUUGGAUCAAGGAAGGGUGGUUGAAUAUGAUUCACCAGCGAAAUUGAUUGCGAACCCUAAAUCAAGGUUUCAUACGCUUUGUCGCGCCGCUGGAAAGCGUGAGUUUAGAGCUCUAAAACGAAUGGCAGGAAGUAAUACAAGUACUCCCACAGAGGUUGCACCCACCGAGUCGUGAUCCACAAAAAAUCCAGUAGAGUUUUCAUAAUCUUGUUCGCUUGUUUCUUUUUUAGCAUUUUCUUCUGUACU